AUGUCAGUAGAGUUUCAUGCUCUUACUAAACAAGGUACUUGGACUCUUGUUCCAUAUGCUCCACACAUGAAUGUGAUUGACAAUAAGUGGGUACAUAAAGUGAAGCUAAAUGUUGACGGUGCAUCCCUAGUUUACUUGUUAGUAUAUGUUGAUGAUAUACUUAUCAAUGUAUCAAAUACAAGACUCAUCUCUAAUUUGAACAAAGUUUUUUCUCUUAAAGACUUGGGGCCAAUUCAUUAUUUUCUUGGUGUGGAAAUCUAUUGUGAUACAACAGGAAUGUACUUAACUCAAACAAAGAACAUCACUGACCUCCUACCAAGGUUACAUAUGGAGGGGGCAAAGAGUUGUCCUAAUCCUACAAGCUCAACAACUAAACUAAGUCUUACCAAUGGUGAGCCAUUUCCAGAUAUAACACUGUAUAGAAGCACUUUAGGUGCACUUUAA